GCGGCGGGCGCCCCCGGGGGAGGCGGCGGCGGCGGCAGCAGCAGCAGCAGCAGCAGUAGCAACAGCAGCAACGGCGACGAUGAUGAUGUUGUCGGCGGCGGCGGCAGCGGCGGCAGCAGCAGCGAAGAAGAAUGAGGAGAGGCCGAGCUCCGGCCCCGAGGGUCUGGAGGCGCCGGCGGAGGGAGGUGGUGGUGGUGGAGGUGGAGGAGGCCUGGCCUUAGCAGCGGCGGCGGCCGCCGCCGAGCGGACCCCGAAGAAGAAAGAGCGAGCGUCUCCCCACAGCAGCAGCAGCAACGAGGGCACCAUGGAGGGAGGCACGGCAGAGACCCCGGACGGCCGGAGGACCAGCAAACGCAAGCGAGCUAAAGUGGAGUACAGAGAGAUGGAUGAGAGCCUGGCAAACCUAUCUGAAGAUGAAUAUUAUUCAGAAGAGGAACGCAAUGCAAAGGCUGAAAAAGAAAAGAAGCAGGUGCCACCACCGCAGCCACCUCCACCUGAAGAGGAAAUUGAAAGUGAUCCAGAAGAACCAUCUGUGCAUUGGAGCAACAUCAAUCUGGCAGGGUCGAUCGCAGGUGUUGAGGGUGCUGCUUUCCAGAGUCGCCUACCUCACGAUCGCAUGACUUCACAGGAAGCAGCCUGUUUCCCUGACAUUAUCAGUGGUCCUGCACAGACCCAGAAGGUGUUUCUAUACAUCAGAAACCGCACAUUGCAGCUCUGGCUGGACAACCCUAAAGUGCAGUUAACCUUUGAGGUAACUCAUCAGCAGCUGGAGUCUCCAUAUAACAGUGAUGCUGUACUAGUUCACAGGAUACACAGCUACUUGGAGCGCCAUGGGUUAAUUAACUUUGGUAUCUACAAACGGGUGAAACCACUUCCAACAAAGAAGACAGGGAAGGUGAUAAUUAUUGGUGCUGGAGUGUCGGGUCUGGCAGCAGCUCGCCAGCUACAAAGCUUUGGAAUGGAUGUCACUGUACUGGAGGCAAGAUUAUCAUUGGGAUUCUUGAUCAGAUACUUCAGGAAUUUCUACAUUCAGUUUGAAUUUCAGGGAGCAAUUCAGGGCCCCCAAGACAUAGCAAUGAACAAAGACGUUCAGGACAGUGAGUCGAUCAUGUGGAAUUUCAGUAGCAUUGACUUGAAUAUUAUGUCUGGUCUCUCUGACACACUCCUUCUAAUUGACUUGUUGCCAGAUGAUUUGCUCACAACGGAAACAGGGAUUGAGUUUUUGGUGAGCAAAACUGUCCUGUUAAUUGUACAUUUGAGCAUUUCAAAAUUGUGGUCACUGGGUCAAGGCACUAAUAACUUUUUCUCCCGUUUUCUUUCUAUGCCAUUUACCGAUGUUUGGAAUCUGAUGCUAUUGCAGGGAGAAAGAUGCACAAACGUUCCCAAGGAAAAAGAUGAGAUGGUAGAGCAGGAAUUCAAUCGUUUGCUUGAGGCCACAUCUUAUCUUAGUCAUCAGCUGGACUUCAACUAUUUGAAUAAUAAACCUGUAUCAUUAGGACAGGCACUGGAAGUUGUCAUCCAAUUGCAAGAAAAGCAUGUGAAGGAUGAACAGAUUGAACACUGGAAGAAAAUAGUGAAAACGCAAGAGGAUCUGAAAGAAUUGCUUAAUAAGAUGGUUUCGUUGAAGGAAAAGAUAAAAGAGCUACAUCAGCAGUACAAAGAAGCCUCUGAGGUAAAGCCCCCACGUGACAUCACAGCGGAAUUUCUGGUGAAAAGUAAAUUGAGAGAUCUAACUGCGUUAUGCAAGGAAUAUGAUGAGCUUGCAGAAGCCCAAGUGAAACUUGAGGAGAAGCUCCAGGAAUUGGAAGCUAACCCGCCCAGUGAUGUUUACCUGUCAUCAAGGGACCGGCAGAUCCUGGACUGGCAUUUUGCCAACUUGGAAUUCGCUAAUGCAACACCUCUCUCCACACUUUCAUUGAAGCAUUGGGACCAGGACGAUGACUUUGAAUUCACAGGAAGUCACUUAACAGUACGAAAUGGUUAUUCUUGUGUCCCAGUUGCACUUGCAGAAGGUCUUGACAUUAAAUUAAAUACAGCUGUUCGACAAGUCCGUUAUACUGCCUCAGGAUGUGAAGUCAUUGCUCAGAAUACUCGUUCAAACAGCCAGACAUUCAUUUACAAGUGUGAUGCAGUUUUAUGCACUCUUCCACUGGGUGUGUUGAAGCAACAACCUCCAGCGGUUCAGUUUGUACCUCCUCUUCCAGAAUGGAAAACUUCUGCCAUUCAGCGUAUGGGCUUUGGAAAUCUGAACAAGGUUGUAUUAUGUUUUGAUCGUGUAUUCUGGGACCCCAGUGUAAAUCUCUUUGGUCAUGUUGGAAGCACUACUGCUAGUAGGGGAGAGUUGUUUCUUUUUUGGAACCUUUAUAAAGCCCCAAUCCUAUUGGCUCUAGUAGCUGGAGAGGCAGCUGGAAUCAUGGAAAAUAUUAGCGAUGAUGUCAUUGUCGGUCGUUGUCUGGCCAUUCUAAAAGGAAUAUUUGGCAGUAGCGCAGUCCCACAGCCAAAGGAGACUGUUGUAACUCGCUGGCGGGCUGACCCAUGGGCACGUGGUUCCUAUUCCUAUGUGGCUGCUGGCUCUUCUGGUAAUGACUAUGAUCUAAUGGCACAACCAGUGACCCCAGGCCCCAGCAUCCCUGGGGCUCCUCAGCCAGUCCCUCGUCUCUUCUUUGCUGGAGAGCACACUAUUCGCAACUACCCCGCGACAGUUCAUGGUGCUUUAUUGAGCGGAUUAAGGGAAGCCGGUCGAAUUGCUGAUCAGUUUCUGGGUGCAAUGUACACUCUCGCACGACAAGCGACGCCUGGUAUCCCUACACAACAACCCAGUAGCCUGUAACUUAUAAAAAGGCAAGAGUGAUAUGAUGGAAAUCAUUUAAUUGGGGAUUUAACAAAAAGAACUACUGUAGCCCCACAGUAGGCUCACUGUAGACUCGAUGCACUGGUCUCAAACCUCCUUUUCUUCGUCCCCAUUACUGCCAAGUCUUUGGCGCAUCAUGACCGCGCAACUGAGCCAAGUGGAACAGCUUACUCUGGGUGUGGAAGAGAGGGGACCAAAUUACAUGAUAGCCAUUCUAAUGCCUUGGGUAUGCUGUAGCAUUAAUUCCUGUGUAAAUGCACCAGACAUUUUGUUAGUGAGAGCAAGAGUGUGAGUGAUUGUGUUAUUGAGGUGUUUUUUUCCGCAGCCAUACUAGUAUGUGCUUUAGGAUAUUUUGAGUAUGAAUUUGCAGAAAUAAAAUUUUGAUGUAAGGGUCAACAUUUCCAAAAGAUUGGCAUUUGGUUUAAUGUGUCAUUGCUGUAAACACUAGGGCUACUAUUGGAACAAGGUAGCUUAACAUUGAAGUUUGUUCAGAUUGUAACAUUUUUUACAAUGCUUACACUGCAUCACCUAGAUUUGUGAGGAAAUUCUUUUGGACCAUUCUUAUGUGUUGUAAUGAAUUUCACUGCAACCUUGUACCCUAACUAACGCUGGUUACUUUGCACUCUAAAGUAUUUAAAAUAUUCAGAUUGUCUUUACAUAUGUUACAACUAUUAUUCUUGUUCUCAAAAAUGCUACCUAAAAAUAUGGUAUAAAAUUGGAAAAAGUAACGUUUGGAAUGUAUUGAAAAUGCCCACUGCAUUUAACUGAUGUUUAAUGGUCUAAAUUCACUCUUUUGGUCCCAGAUGCUAUAUUUAAAUCUCUUGUAAGGGCCAACAAUCUCUAUCAACGUCUGAGACUUGAGCACUGCAACAUAUGCAAAAGGAUAAAAUAGUGAGUUUCCCUUAGUUAUGCUACAAGGAAUUUCCCGACUGGCUCGUUGGACAAAAGGUUAUCUUCUCAGCUCCUUUCAUUUUGCACCUUAAAGUCAAGGCUCCUGGGGAUAUUUUUCAGUUCAUCAAUUUAGCAUCACAGCAGAAUCCCUGCACCCGAUUUUAUACCAACUAACAGUUUCACACACUAAUCAGUGAAAUCCACUUGUAACCUUGUGGAUGCAAUUAUCAAAUAGAAGUUGUCAAACCCACUUUUAUGAACUUGCAGGAUUUUGUUGAACCAAUUAAAUAGUGCUAGUAUUAUGCUUUACGCAGCUUGUGAUCUUGGCACUCUUAAAGUUACAUUCAUCUACUUUCUGCCCAUGACCAGCACUCUGUUUGGUUUGCUGUUUUUGAUUUGGAAUGUGAAUGACACCAGCAAAACCAUGUUUAUUACUCCUCAAAGGGUGAUAGUGGGUCUUCUAUUGGUCUUCUUGCAAUCGAGUUAGUUGUUAGUCCACUUCAGAGACCGGUUGAAUGAGCUGUAUUUUAAUAAUUCUGGCUCGGCAGGGCCAAAGGGCAUUAGUUAGAUGCUUAGCACAGUCCAGCAAAUUUCAUAGUUUUAAGCCACUAGAUUUAUUACUUUAACAUGCACAUGAUGCUGGAAAUCUGAAUUGAAAACACCACAAUACUUGCAUCAGAUGCUACCUUUCUUGCUUAUUCCUGCAUUCUUCAAUUCACUGCUCAGGUAGGAUUUGAACUCAACUUCUGGAUUGCUAAUACAGCACAUAAAGGCUCCUUAACUAGCUAAGUUUGUCAGCUGUUUAUGAUGCAGGUAAGUAUUGAACUAAGUGUGAUUGGUAGCUGGGUAUUAAUGUCACUAGCAAUCCAGAGGCCCAGGCAUGGGGACAUGGAUUCAAAUCUCACCACAGCAACUGUGGAAUUUAAAUUCAAUUAAUCAAUUAAAUUAAUUUAAAAAUCUGGAAUUGAAAGCCAGUCUCUAACGAUGUUGACCAUGAAACCAUCUCUGCUGUAAAACAAAACUCAUCUUGUUCAUUGCCCUUCCUCUCAGGAAGGAAAUCUGCUACUCUAAUCUGGCCUACAUGUGCCUCCAGAUCUGUAGCAAUGUGAGUGACUGUUAAUUUCUGUCAGAGGCAGUUAGAGAUGGGGAACAAAUGCUGACACUGCAAGUGAUGCCAACAUCUCCUGAGUUAAUUUAAAAGAGUACCAACAUUUAAGAGUGUUACAAUCACGAGCAAUGCGCAGGGAGGAGUGAUUGAGCAACUGUUCAAAGCAGCAGUCAGUGAUACUGCAGACAUUAUGAAUCACCUACACUAAUCAUUUGAUUUUUAAGAUAAUUUGAGAGCUGGCAGAGCAAGCAGUAAGUUUGUUAUGCUGUAUCCUUAUGGAUUUUUAAGAUGUAUUUAUCAAUUUCCCUACACCCCUAUUCUCUCGAGUGAGUCUAUAAAGACUUUAUUGUGAUGUUAUUAAUAAUGUGUUCAAUGACUGCACUUCGGAACUGCUUCAUUCACUAUAAAGUGUUUUGGGACAUCCUAAGCUUAAGAAAGGAGCUUUAUAAUUGCCAGUUUAUUUUUAUUUCCUGAAUAGUGGUAUGUUGUGUCACACUUGAUAAUCUGGUUGAAGAUUAGAUCAUGGUAGUACCUAUAGUUUUCAAUUGAAUCACUCUGCCGGUGGUUUAUUUUACCAUAUCUCUUUAGUAUGUCAAGGUGUAACAAGGUUUUUACUGUGAAUUAUUGACAUUUUUGUCAACCCUAGUGUCUACAGUCAAAUCAAAUUAUGUAUUGGUUUUUAUUGGUUGUAAAGAUGAUGUGGAUUGAUUGAAUUUGCAAGGGCAGUUUCUGAAUUACACUGAAGUGGCUUUCCUUUAGAAUUAACAGCUGGUCCACGGAUAUGCAUGAAAUGCCAAUGGGACCUUUCAUUUUAUACACAUUUUAAACAAUGGAAAAGUAAUUUUUAUUGGCCUGUCAGAUUUAUAUUGGCAUGCAAAAAAGGGUGUAAGAAAAAAACGCCUUGUUCGCUAAAUACUAGAAGAUUUUGCACUUUUUGUCAUCAGUGUGCUAAGAUUAUACCUUGUGUAAGGCCAGAAAUAUAUUUUAAAUAAAAAGUCAAACGUA